AUGGGGGAUGGCAGGCCAGAGUCUGUGGCGGAUCAGGGUGACAGGUUCCAGCUCAAAGCUGCAGAACUGCAGCCCGACGUCAUGAGCUCUUCCUGAAAUGAGGACAUUCCAUUUCUUAGAUUGCAUUGCUAAACAAUACAUCCAAUGUUAGUGAGAUGCAUGUCUCAUCAUAACAAAGUGAACAGGUUUACAGUAAACUAGAUCAAAUGAAAUCAAAAUCAAAAGUUGUCAUUUGUGCAGGAAUACAGUGUAGUGUGCAAUAAGAAAUAAGUAGAUAACUACACUAUAUUAAGUACAGUGCAGUAAGUACCAUAGCAGCAUAGAGUCAUGUGUAAUCUAUUCAACAGUCUAAACGCAAAUGUAUGCUUGAUCUGAAAAUGUGAUCGGAGGCUACGUAUGGAGGGUGUGACACAGUUGCAGAGCCUCCGGAGGCGUGCAGAGGCCAAAUCAUGCUCCAUACCGCAUUGGCGUGUGACUCUCAAAUUUUGCAACAAUGCAGAGGGCGCCGUAUAGUUCCGCAUUGACAUGAUUGGUUGACGGUAGGAUGGGGCGGUACGUCUUGUAUAAACACAAACUCACUUCCUUGACAACUUCCUUCACAAUAGCUCUGCUAAGCGCAAGAAGUAUGAAAGCCCUGACGUCUGUGGAGGCUGCAUCGCAGUAAAUGCUGUACGGCCACUUCAGACGUCCGAUUGACCAUGUAGAACCUUUCAUGGCUUGACAGUAGAAACUGUCUCUGAGCAUGGUGGUGCUACAGUUGAGUCUCCUAUAAAGGAGCAGGCAUCUUAUGCCGCGUUCACAUCAUGUCCGGAACUCAUAAAUACGACCUUCCUACUGGGAAAAAUGCAUGUGAACACCCCAACUCGUAAUUACAACUAGGAAACUCGGGUAUGAUCUCUGGACCCACAUUCUGAACUCUGACGUUACGCACCACUGCAAAUGGCAACAAACAUGGCCGCGAUUUCGGCUGUCAAUGGUGAGAAUGGUGCUUGUAUUCCUUCCGAGCACUCCAAGUUGUUCCUCAGAUCAAUCCGACAUGACGUGAACGCGGCAUUAGUUUCCAAUUGUAAUAUAAGGCCUACUUCUAAAGCCAGGCGGACACUACACAUUUCUAACCCGAUCUAUGGGCUCUUGAUCAGCUCCUGGCGUAUUUCAGAGGAAGUCAGAGGAAAUCGGAGCAAACCCGGAGUAAAAUGUAACGCCGCAGCUCGUAAAGUGUAAGCACAUACUGAUUUUCGGUUGAUGGCUUUCAAGGGCACUUGCGGUGUCCUGAUCAUUUUCAAACAGGUUGACUAGAGUCAGUUCCACCUCACAGCUGCAGAACUGCAGCCACCCUAAUCUAGCACACCUGAUUCUAAUAAUUAGCUGGUUGAUAAGCUGAAUCAGGUUAGUUACAACUGGGGUUGGAGCGAAGACCUACAGAAGGGUACCGCUCCAGGAACAAGUUUGGAGAGCCCUGUCCUAGAGAGUAGUGACAACUGUUACUGAGUGGACUAUAGAGUACCACAGUAUGAGUCAUAAUACCCAUAAAACCUAGAGGUCAAACAGGGAAAUGGUUCCAAUAAUCGUUUUUCCACCAUUCAUUUUUCCCAUAGGGGAUUUUAGAAACACUUAAAAUAAGGGCAGUGUUUCGUGUAGGCUUACCCUAGCGUGACGUUUUGAUAACUGUGUAAAUCUCUCUAGGACAAGCUGACUUAUCAAUAUAGUCGCCUGUAUUUACCCCCCAAAUGAAAUGCUAAUUAGCUGCUAAUUUGGCUAUCAUAAAGAACUACAAAUGCCAUGAUGAUCUGGAAGAGACUGCUGAAUCGAGGCAAAGGUAAGAAUCUCUGGAUUACCUAUCUAAUGUUAGCUAAAUGUAGUAAUGAAUAAAUAGGAUACAUUUCUUUAAAUGGACAAUGAACUGUCUUGUGCAAGUUUUAAAUGGACACAAUACCUGUUAGCAAAGGUAUCAGCUAGAGAUGAUAUGCAGGAGCUUGCAGGAAUUUGUACUUUUGCAUGAUGUCUACUUUGAUGCCAAUUAGCAUUUUUGAAUCUGAGAGUAAAUAGAGCUGAAUAUAUUGAUAAAAGUCACCUUGUCCGAGAGAGAUUUACAUGGUUAUCAAAACGUCAGGCCAGGGGAAGCCUACACGAAACACAGCCCUUAUUUUAAAGCUACAACAUGUAACUUUUUGGGCGACCCCCACCAAAUUCACAUAGAAAUGUGAGUUAUAGAUCUUUCAUUCCUGUUGAAAGCAAGUCUAAGAAGCGGUAGAUCCGUUCUGUGUGUGCUAUUUCUAUGCUUCCCGUUCUGAAGUUUCGUUUUUGCGUCUUUUACUUUCGUUUUUUUACACCAGCUUCAAACAGCUGAAUAAACAAUCUUUUUGGUUAUGGAAAAUAUAUUUCACAGCAGUUUAGAUUGUGUGACAAAACAAGCAGUCAUUGUACAAACUGAAAUUAGACGUACUAUUAGAAUUUUAGCAACCAGGAAAUGGUGGAGCAAUUUCUGCAUAGUGCAUCUUUAAGUGUCUCUAAAAUCCCCUAUGGGAAAAAUGAAUGGUGGAAAAAACGAUUGGAACGAUUUCCUUGUUUGACAGCUGGGUUUUAUGAAACCUCCACUGUGGAACUCGAUUCUGGUUAAAUUAAGUUGAACAGAAUUGAAAUGAGCAACUUUUUCACAGAUCCAAGUUGAUGGCAGGGGUGUACGCGCUUUCACAACUCUAGUCAGGUCUCUGUAAACCAGCGUGGCUUGUUUUCUUCUAAAAGAGGGCAUCUGUAAAGGAAAAACAAGACAAUGACAACUAAAUUUGACUUAUUCUUAAUGCAGAUAAUAUUAAUUACAUUUAAAUUAACUGAUACAUAGGACACAAUUAUCCAUCAUAAUGCGUGACUAGCGGAGGUACAUUGCUUACACUCUCAAAUGUUUUCUUAUAGGGAAUCUGUUAUGGGUAGAUGGUUGUGCUUCACAUAGACAUAAGUAGUCUGAUAUGGCUUCAGAGACAGGUGAAGACAUCUUUGGCCUUCAAGUAUUGGACAGGAAUAUAUUAGGCAAUGGCUUUGUUUGUGUUCCUUUCAUCUGAACUGUCAUUUAAUUUGAUUGGUGUAAACAAGGGAUGGGGGAUUUUCCACCAUAAUGCGCAUACCAGUCAUUUUAUUUAAGAUUAAUUAAGAUGAGUGCUCAAGAGACAUAAGCUGCAUCCUGAUUCAGAAGUGUGCAUAUGCACACUCCUUGUCAUGGAUUUAAAAAGUAUAGAAAUGGUGUAAGCGUUGACUAGAGUGAGUUUAAAUCCAUGGGAGAAGGUGUACUAGUGCACACUUUGGGAGAAGCAUGGAUAAUUAAGAUGCAGCCAGAGAAUGGAGAAAGACAGAGAAAGAGAAAUGAGAUGCUGCCUAGCACCCAAAACAGGAAAUGACAAAAUGCCAAAAAUAUCGACUGACUAGUUCUGUAUGGGAUGACCUGAAGAGAUACUUUGAGGCAAGCUCACUGUGUUGAUGCUUUGCCUCCAGUCAUUGCUGACGUCCCUACUAGAGGUCUCCACGGACCCCGAUGGGGCUUUCCCACCCAGACCCGACUAAUUUUUAAAAUAUAGAGGCCUGUUCCAAACGGAUCCAAGAACCACUAGACCCGUUCCGUAUAGAGCGAGUGACACAGUGAGCAGGGAGGAAAGGGGAUGAACAGGGAGGAGGGAGAGACGGCAAACAACCAAGCCGACUCGCGCUAUAGUAGACUGUCUGCAAUAGUACCUUUCUUGAGUGCAUCAAACCAGGAGAAGCUAGUCAGCGUUAGGUAGCUAGGGUAAUUGAGGCUGCAGUGCAUGCGCUUUCUCAUCCUACAGUUUCAAAAAACAACUCUAUUCAAAAUAUUAAGUAGCAGCCUACCUGUUAGCUCUUGGUCGUUGUAGCCUAUCUUUCUCCUUGAACUUUUAAUUCUGUCAUUUUUAAUCCCAUCUUCCAUUUAUUAGAUACGGAAGCUCUGACUGUAGCUUCUUUGACGAUUUAUGAUUGGCCAACAACAACAAGCUAGCUCUUGAGAAAACGAGCAGCAGCACAAAUGAUAAAAUGUCUCUCCCUCUCUCUUUACUGCAGCAAUCGCGUUCGGAUCUGUACAGGCCCUUCCGGACAAGUCAGUGAAAAUGAAACAUACCCAUGACAAUCAUAUCAGAUCUGACCCAGACCCGUGACAUUAUUUAGAAUUCUGGAUUUGGACCCUCUCGGGUACAGGUGGAUCCAUGAAGCGCUCUAGUCCCUAACCUUAACCCCUACCCUAACCUUAACCCUUACCUAACCGGAUAGCCCGGACCUUUAAUUUACCCGCAGCCAUGACAAAUGGCCUUCUUUGUUGGACAUGCGCAAGCAGAUUGUCGUGUAACAAUAACAAAACAUAAUAUCCACCCCUAUUUCGAUAAAAAUCUGAGGGAUGGGGGCUGGAAAAAUGUAAUACUCUCAAAUUUACACACAAAGUAAUGGAUGCAAGGACUGACCAUCCAUGACAUCAAAAGUAUAGUUCUAACCAUGUUCUGAGGCUAUAUAGUGUUUGUUUACAUUUACUUUGUUUACAAACAUUGGAGUAAAACAAGCUUAUAUUUUGGGUUAUGAUGGGGUAGGCCUACGACAGUUGAACUAAGCUCAUGUGGCAUUUAUAAGUUAUCAGUGGGUGCAUAUCAUUCAAUUAUGUUAUAAAAAUUGAUGUAGCAACUGCAGAUUGCCCCUUUAACAGGUUGUGUCUGCAGAUUGCCCCUUUAACAGGUUGUGCCAGGAAAGUCGGCGCAAGUUAUACCUGCCAUCCGCUGUUGGAGUGCAGUUGGGAUAACUGGGUGUUCCGUCUGCAAGUCAACUUACAUUUACAUUUUAGUCAUUUAGCAGACGCUCUUAUCCAGAGCGACUUACAGUUAGUGAGUGCAUACAUUUUUCAUACUCACAACAUCUCACAAUGAAUGAGACCGCAGUUUCAUUCGCAAAGGAUUUCUUGGCUGGUGGAAUCUCCGCUGCCAUCGCCGAAACGGCGGUUGCGCCCAUCGAGAGAGUCAAGCUUCUCCUUCAGGUAGCUAUGGUUCCGUAGUAGCUUUGAGACGCAACAUCCGGAGUAUGUGUAUUGGUUGGGCUCCCUGAGCUGUGCAUCGUUCUGGCGACGAAAAAAAAAAAAAAACCUCAAUAUAGCCGGUUUCACAAAAAAAAACGUAUAAUCUCUAGGAACUCUAUUUACCAGAUGUAAAGUGAAAUGUGUCCCUGACUAUCAAUUAAACAUCUAAAUCCAACUUUUGUCCCAACCGCACCAUAUUCCUGCUGUGUAUAAAGUGGUAGGAAGUCUCGUAUGACUGUGAUCGAAUGGCAGCCCGAUGUCUCAGCAGGAAUAUGGUAGGUUUGGACAAAAGUUGGAUUCGGACAUUUGUUUGAAAGCAAGCAGGGAUGGCUCCAGGCAUAGGCGAAAUAAGCAGGUACUUAGGGCACCAGGCCGCUUAUUUGUUGUAAAUACCAAAAGGGAUUUACAACAAUUAAUUAAAUGAACACCCAGUGGGGGGAAAAAACAACCUGUCAAUAUUUAAGAUUGAAAUAUGAAAAAGUUGUUUUUUGUGGAACAGGUGUGUCAUGAACUUGAUGAUUUUAUUUAAUAUACCCACAUGGCAGUUAUAGACUGAAAUACAUGAGUAUAGGCUAACAUCAACACAAACAAUAAAAUACAAUUUAGUUGAGAAAACCGAAGUAUGAAUGACAAGUAAAGUACAUAUGAGAAGGGGCAGUCUUGGCAGAAGUAGGGUAUGGGUGUUUUAUUUAUUUAUUUUUAUCUCAGUUCUGGCAUGUGGGAUAGAGAAGAGGUGGGUGCUACAGGUGGUUCUGCCAGUCACUUUUCCUCGACAGGCAGCCAGUCUUAGAAGGGGGACUUGAAGAGGGAGACUGUAAAGUCCAGGCACAGCUGUUCUCUUUGCUCUUGGAGUGUUGGCAGUGCUAGUGUAUGUAGUGCAUCUGUGUAUCUCACUGUGCCCAGGAUGGUAUGUCAAGCACAGGUCCUUAGCAGAUUAGAUGAAACCACAUGACAUUAACAGUAGCUGUAGAUAAUGUAAUGAAAAGUGGGAUCUUGGAGGGUGAUUGAUCAUGGUGGACAUCAGGUGGAUCCAGGUCUGGGGUAAGGGAUACGGAAGGCAUCUCAGAGCAUGGCAGAACCCUAGAUCCUGAAGAACAGGAGCAGAGUAAAAGGAACAGAGACCGAGGCAUAGAAGGAUGCAGAAAGAAAACAGACAUUUUACAGGUAGACCCUAGACCCACUACAAUUCGCAUACCGCCCCAACAGAUCCACAGAUGACGCAAUCUCAAUCGCACUCCACACUGCCCUUUCCCACCUGGACAUGUGUAACUCUGUGUUGUUUUUAUCGCACUGCUUUGCUUUAUCUUGGCCAGGUCGCAGUUGUAAAUGAGAACUUGUUCUCAACUGGCCUACCUGGUUAAAUAAAAAACACCUAUGUGAGAAUGCUAUUCAUUGACUACAGCUCAGCGUUCAACACCAAGUGCCCACAAAGCUCAUCACUAUGCUAAGGACCCUGGGACUAAACACCUCCCUCUGCAACUGGAUCCUGGACUUCCUGACGACAAUGAGACAGCCUUUAGGGAGGAGGUCAGAGACCUGGAAGUGUGGUGCCAGGACAACAACCUCUCCUUCAAUGUGAGCAAGACAAAGGAGCUGAUCGUGGACUACAGGAAAAGGAGGGCUGAACAGGCCCCCAUUAACAUCGACAGGGCUGUAGUGGAGCAGGUUGAGAGCUUCAAGUUCCUUGGUGUCCACAUCACCAACAAACUAUCAUGGUCCAAACACACCAAGACCGUCAUGAAGAGGGCACGACAACACCUUCUCCCCCUCAGGAGACUGAAAAGAUUUGGACAUGGGUCCCCAGGGCCAGGUUGGCACAUAGAGUUGACCAGGCUGUUGACUGAGGCCUGUGGAAUGUUGUCCCACUCCUCUUCAAUGGCUGUGCGAAGUUGCUGGAUAUUGGCAGGAACUGGAACACACUGUUGUACACUUUGAUCCAGAGCAUCCCAAACAUGCUCAAUGGGUGGCAUGUCUGGUGAGUAGCAGGCCAUGGAAGAACUGGGACAUUUUCAGCUUCCAGGGAUUGUGUACAGAUCCUUGCGACGUGGGGCUGUGCAUUAUCAUGCUGAAACAUGAGGUGAUGGUAGUGGAUGAAUGGCACGACAAUGGGCCUCAGGAUCUCAUCACGGUAUCUCUGUACAUUCAAAUUGGCAUUGAUAAAAUGCAAUUGUGUUCAUUGUCUGUAGCUUAUGCCUGCCCAUACCAGAAGGCUACCAUGGUGCACUUUGUUCACAACGUUGACAUCAGCAAACUGCUCGCCCACACACGUGGUCUGCGGUUGUGAGGCAAGUUGGACAUACUGCCAAAUUCUCAAAAACCACACUCCCUCAACUUGAGACAUCUGUGGCAUUGUGUUGUGUGACAAAACUGCACAUUUAGUGGCCUUUUAUUGUCCCCAGCACAAGGUGCACCUGUGUAAUGAUCAUGCUGUUUAAUCCGCUCCUUGACAUGCCAAACCUGUCAGGUGGAUGGAUUAUCUUGGCAAAGGAGAAUUGCUCAAUAAAAGGGAUCAACACAAUCAUCUCCUUUGUCUUGAUCACAUUGAGGGAGAGGUUGUUAUCCUGGCACCACACGGCCAGGUCUCUGACCUCCUCCCUACAGGCUGUCUCAUCGUUGUCGGUGAUCAGGCCUACCACUGUCGCGUCGUCUGCAAACUUAAUGAUGGUGUUGGAGUCGUGCCUGGCCAUGCAGUCAUGGGUGAACAGGGAGUACAGGAGGGGACUGAGCACACACUCAGUCCCCCUGAGGGGCCCCGGUGUUGAGGAUCAGCGUGCCAGAUGUGUUGUUACCUACCCUUACCACCUGGGGCGGCAUGUCAGGAAGUCCAGGAUCCAGUUGCAGAGGGAGGUGUUUAGUCCCAGGGUCCUUAGCUUAGUGAUGAGCUUUGAGGGCACUAUGGUGUUGAACGCUGAGCUGUAGUUAAUGAAUAGCAUUCUCACGUAGGUGUUCCUUUUGUCCAGGUGGGAAAGGGCAGUGUGGAGUGCAGUAGAGAUUGCAUGAUCUGUUGGGGCAGUAUGCAAAUUGGAGUGGGUCUAGGGUUUCUGGGAUAAUGGUGUUGAUGUGAGCCAUGACCAGCCUUUCAAAGCACUUCAUGGCUACAGACGUCAGUGCUACGGGUCUGUAGUCAUUUAGGCAAUGUAAUUGAAGACACUUGCCAGUUGGUCAGCGCAUACUCUGAGUACCCGUCCUGGUAAUCCGUCUGGCGCUGCAGGCUUGUGAAUGUUGACCUGUUUAAAGGUUUUACUCACAUCGGCUACGGAGAGCGUGAUCACACAGUCGUCGAACAGCUGAUGCUCUCGUGCAUGCUUCAAUGUUGCUUGCCUCGAAGCGACCAUAGAAGUGAUUUAGCUCGUCUGGUAAGCUUGUGUCACUGGGCAGCUCGCGUCUGUGCUUCCCUUUGUAGUCUGUAAUAGUUUGCAAGCCCUGCCAUAUCCGACGAGCGUCAGAGCCGGUGUACUACAAUUCAAUCUCAGUCCUGUAUUGACGCUUUGCCUGUUUGAUGGUUCAUCGGAGGGCAUAGCGGGAUUUUUUAUAAGCGUCCGGGUUAGAGACCCGCUCCUUUAAAGCGGCAGCUCUACCCUUUAGCUCAGUGCGGAUGUUGCCUGUAAUCCAUGGCUUCUGGUUGGGGUAUGUACGUACAGUCACUGUGGGGACGACGUCAUCGACGCACUUAUUGAUGAACCCAGUGACUGAUGUGGUGUACUCCUCAAUGCCAUCGGAAGAAUCCCGGAACAUAUUCCAGUCUGUGCUAGCAAAAACAGUUCUAUAGCUUAGCACAACUCAUGAACUUGUCUUAACAAUUUACGUUACUCAGCUAACUAUACUGAGAAAAAAUAUAAAUGCAACAUGUAAAGUGUUGAUCCCAUGUUUCAUGAGCUGAAAUAAAAGAUCCCAGAAAUGUUUCAUUUGCAGAAGAAGCUUAUUUCUCUCAAAUGUUGUGCACAAAUUUGUUUACAUCGCUGUUAGUGAGCAUUUCUCAUUUGCCAAGAUAAUCCAUCCACCUGACAGGUGGCAUAUCAAGAAGCUGAUUAAACAGCAUGAUCAUUACACAGGUGCACCUUGUGCUGGGGGACAAUAAAAUGCAAAUUUGCAGUUUUGACGUACAACACAAUGUCACAGAUGCCUCAAGUUUUGAGGGCGCGUACAAUUGGCAUGCUGACUGCAGGAAUGUCCACCAGAGCUGUUGCCAGAUAAUUUAAUGUUAAUUUCUCUACCAUAAGCCACCUCCCAACAUCGUUUUAGAGAAUUUGGCGAUACGUCCAACCGGCCUCACAACCGUAGACCACAAUUAACCACGCCAGCCCAGGACCUCUACAUCCGGCUUCUUCACCUGCGGGAUUGUUUCAGACCAGCCACCUAGACAGCUGAUGAAUCUGUGGGUUUGCACAAAUGAAGAAUUUCAGCACAAACUGUCAGAAACCGUUUCAGGGAAGCUUAUCUGUGUGAUUGUUGUCCUCACCAGGGUCUUGACCUGACUGCAGUUCGGCGUCGUAACUAACUUCAGUGUGCAAAUGCUCACCUUCAAUGGCCACUGGCAGGCUGUAGAAUUGUGCUCUUCACGGAUGAAUCCCGGUUUCAACUGUACCGGGCAAAUGGCAGACAGCGGGAAUGGCGUCGUGUGGGCGAGCGGUUUGCUGAUGUCACCAUUGAACAGAGUGCACCAUGGUGGCGGUGGGGUUAUGGUAUGGGCAGGAAUAAGCUACGGACAACCAACACAAUUGCAUUUUAUCAAUGGCAAUUUUAAUGCACAGAGAUACCGUGAUGAGAUCCUGAGGACCAUUGUUGUGCCAUUCAUCCACCGCAAUCACCUUAUGUUUCAGCAUGAUAAUGCACGGCCCCAUGUCGCAAGGAUCUGUACACAAUUCCUGGAAGCUGAAAAUGUCCAAGUUCUUCCAUGGCCUGCAUACUCACCAGACAUGCCACCCAUUGAGCAUGUUUGGGAUGCUCUGGAUCGACGCGUACGACCGUGUGUACCAGUUCCCGCCAAUAUCCAGCAACUUCGCACAGCCAUUGAAGUGUGGGACAACAUUCCACAGGCUACAAUCAACAGACUGAUCAACUCUAUGCGAAGGAGAUGUGUCACGUUGCAUGAGGCCAGUGUUGCCAUGUUCGCAGUUUUCUAGCCAAAUUGGGCUACUUUGAAAAUGAUUUUGCGGGUGAAACUGCAUUGGUCGCGGAUGGCGGGUAUUAGGCAACUUCUAAAUUGCACUGCGGCUGCCAUGGCAUUUCUCUUAAAAAUACAUAUUUCACUGUGACCUGCUGCUACUGACUAUCAGGCAGUGAGCAGGCUGUUACUGAGUUAGUGAAUUGUGGAGAGGGGGAGGGCCGGAGGGGUGUGUGUGAGUUGAGAGAGUGCUGUAGCUGAGACGGUGACGCUCGCACAUCGUGACCAGUUGUAGGUAGGCUAUUUAGAUUGGUCAUUAUGGAGACACCCUUUUUCCAUAAAACAUAUUAAUGCGCUACAACUGAUAUAACGGCGAUAAAGCAUUGGAAAAUGACUUUAGGCACACUAGAGCUCUUUUAGAUAAAUUCUCUUAGAGGUGGUUUAAGUAAACUGCAUUCAAAUGUCGACUUGUCUUAUGGAUAACAGAAUAAAGCGAAGGACUUUACUCAUGCUCAGUUCUAGGGUCUGGAGCGUUGCAUGAGUGGAAAUUUGAAAUGGAAGUUAUGGAACUCCCUCGCGUGCUUGUGUUAUGGGGAAAAAGUCCACAAUGAAAAUGACAUAAAAAAAUGUGGCCAAUGAUUGGCUACAUUUGCAUCUGUUGGCCAUCAAGUAGGCUAUUCAUGUCUAUGCCAUUGCAGACUACUGUAGCCUACCAUUUGAUACUAUACAAAUAUUGAAAUGACUAUCACUGGAAUUAUUGCAAAUCAAUUUGUGCCACUUGUGUAGCCUACCUGGAGCUGGCAAAAUGAUUUAAUAAAUAGCCUAUAACUCUGUUUUCUUGUUGUAGCCUUGUGUUAUUAUGCAACUAUUAAUGGCCAUAUUUAGUUAAUUGGAAGUUAUCAAUUGUGAUCAUGGUCACAGCCCUAUCGCAAAUGUACAGUGCAUUUGGGAAGUAUUCAGACCCCUUGACUUUUUCCACAUUUUGUUAUGUUACAGCCGGAUUCAAAAAUGUAUUAAAUUGUUUUUCCCCUUCAUCAAUCUACACACAAUAUCCCAUAAUGACUAAGCAAAAACAAAGUUUAAAAAACAUCACAUUACAUAAGUAUUCAGACCCUUUACCCAGUACUUUGUUGAAGGACCUUUGGCAGCGAUUACAGCCUUGUCUUCUUGGGUAUGACUCUACAAGCUGGGCGCACCUGUAUUUGGCGAGUUUCUCCCAUUCUUCUCUGCAGAUCCUCUCAAGCUCUGUCAGGUUGGAUGGGGAGCGUCUCUGCACAGCUAUUUUCAGGUCUCUCCAGAGAUGUUCAAGUCCAGGCUCUGGCUGGGCCACUCAAGGACAUUCAGAUACUUGUCUCGAAGCCACUCCUUCAUUGUCUUGGCUGUGUGCUUAUGGUCGUUGUCCUGUUGGAAAGUGAACCUUCACCCCAAUCUGAGGUCCUGAGUGCUCUGGAGCAGGUUUUCAUCAAGGAUCUCUCUGUACUUUGCUCUGUUCAUCUUUCCCUCGAUCCUGACCAGUUUCCCAGUCCCUGCCGCUGAAAAACAUCCACACAGCAUGAUGCUGCCACCACAAUGCUUCACCGUAGGGAUGGUGCCUGGUUUCCUCCAGACAUGACACUUGGCAUUCAAGCCAAAUAAUUAAAUCUUGGUUUCAUCAGACCAGAGAAUCUUAUUUCUCAUAGUCCGAGUCCUUUAGGUGCCUUUUGGCAAACUCCAAGCGGGCUGUCAUGUGCCUUUUACUGAGGAGUGGCUUCCGUCUGGGCACUCUACAAUAAAGGCCUGAUUGAUGGAGUGCUGCAGAGAUUGUUGUCCUUCUGGAAGGUUCUCCCAUCUCCACAGAGGAACUCUAGAGCUUGGUCAGAGUGACCAUCGGGUUCUUGGUCACCUCCCUGACCAAGGCCCAUCUCCCCUGAUUGCUCAGUUUGGCUGGUCGGACAGCUUUAGGAAGAUUCUUGGUGGUUCCAAACUUCUAUCUAAGAAGCAUGGAGGCCACUGUGUUCUUGGGGAACUUCAAUGCAGCAGACAUUUUUUGGUACCCUUCCCCAGAUCUGUGCCUCGACACAAUCCUGUUUUGGAGCUCUACGGACAAUUCCUUCGACCUCAUGGCUUGGUUUUUGCUCUGACAUGCACUGUCAACUGUGGGACCUUUAUAUAGACAGGUCUGUGCCUUUCCAAAUCAUGUCCAAUCAAUUGAAUGUACCACAGGUGGACUCCAAGUUGUAGAAACAUCUCAAGGAUGAUCAAUGGAAACAGGAUGCACCUGAGCUCAAUUUCGAGUCUCAUAGCAAAGGGUCUGAGUACUUAUGUAAAUAAGGUAUUUCAUUUUAUUUUUUAUAAAUGUGCAACAUUUUCUAAACCAGUUUUUUUUUGUCAUUAUGGGGUGUGUGUGUGUGUGUGUGGAUUGACAUUUAUUUUUUAAUUCAUUUUAGAAUAAGGCUGUAACAUAACAAAAUGCGGAAAAAGGGAAGGGGUCUGAAUACUUUCCGAAUGCACUGUAUCAUUCUCCACAUUUAAUGUCAAUUUCAUUGUGGACUUUCCCUCAAAUUAGAUGUUGGCAUAUUGGCUUGUCAGGGCCUAUAGGCUACCUGCAUCUAGCUCAGCAAACCAUGUCAAAGUUGAAUUGCAAUUAUAAACCCAGAUUUUAGUCAGUAGCCUAUGCCUAUUGAAAUAACAGAUCAAUUUUGCAAAUAGGCCAUUUAUAACAGUUAUUAGUCUUAAUAUCUGGCACAUAAUAAUGGCAAAAUUGCCAGAAAAUAGCCCAACAUUCGUUUUUUUGAGAUCCUCUGUCCAACUUUCAUCACUCAAACUCUCCUGUCCGAUGUAUCUAUAGUUAUGCACAUGCGCAAACAGGAUUUAUUUACAAUUAUAAACUGGGUGGUAUGAGCCCUGAAUGCUGAUUGGUUGAAGGCCAUGGUAUAUCAGACAUGUACCACUGGCAUGACAAAAAUCUACUUUUUAAUUAACUAAUUACGUUGGUAACCCGUUUAUAAUAGCAAUAAGGCACCUCAGGGGUUUGUGGUAUAUGGCCAAUUUUAUUUUACCUUUUAUUUAACUAGGCAAGUCCGUUAAGAACCAACUCUUAUUUACAAUGACGGCCUACACCGGCCAAACCCAGACGACGCUGGGCCAAUUGUGCGCCGCCCUAUGGGACUCCCAAUCACGGCCGGUUGUGAUACAGCCUGGAAUCCAACCAGGGUGCCAUAGACCACUGCGCCACUCGGGUGUGUCCUAAGAACAGCCCUUAGCUGUGGUAUAAUGGCAAUACUCCACACCUCCUCUGGCCUUAUUGCUUAAUCAUAGCAGUCAAAACAAGUUAAAUCGACAUCCAUUGAUGGAAAGUUAUCUGGAGAGUUUAAGGACUAUCUUUUCUCGUGACAUUCUUAAACUCACAAUAAUUAUUUUGAUGGAAAACCGAAUUUUGCUUCUCAGCCUACUUAGUUAAAAUUACGUUGACAUUCCUUAAUUCGCUCGACAACGUUAUGAAAAAAGGGUUUAUUGGAUAAAUGUGGCACUCCUCUCUUGCUGCGAAAAAUUAUUUGGGGGGCUAGUUUUCAGGCCUUGUGGGUUGGUUUUCAGAGGUCAUUGGGCUAGAAAUGUUAGCUAGACCUGGUAACCCUGUAUGAGGCAAAUGGUGGUCACACCAGAUACUGACUAGUUUUCUGAUCCACGCCCCUACCUUUUUUUUAAGGUAUAUGUGACCAACAGAUGCAUAUGUGUAUUCCCAGUCAUGUGAAAUCAGAGGUGGAAAAAGUACUCAAUUGUCAUACUUGAGUAAAAGUAAAGAUACCUUUUUAAUAGAAAAUGACUCAAGUAAAAGUGAAAGUCACCCAGUAAAUUGAAAUACCCAUUAUCACAAAUGUAAUAGCCAAUUAAGCUAGCGAACAGUUAGCCACAUUGGUGGAACCAAUGUUGUGUUCGAGACCACCUAAAGCGAGACCGAUUCAAGACUAAGACCGGAGCAAAUCGAGUCCAAAUCAAGACCAAGACCGGUGGGGGGACAAGGGGUCCGAGAGAGUCAAAACCGAGACCAGAAAAAUGCGAGUCCAAUUCAAGACCAUGAUUGUAAUUUUGUCAAAUCACCACCACAAUAAGAUUUAAAAUUGUCCAGUAUUUCUGUGUUCAUAUUUCAGGACAACAUAUAGAUACUUUAGACAUUCAAAAUAGUGACAAUAAUGCAUGCUGAGGGAAAAUGGAGCCACUCUACAAAUGACUAACAAACACAGUGGGGAACAAUGAGCCUUCUACAGCUUCAGAGAAGGGCUAAGGAUUUAUAAAAUAAUGAUUCAUUAUAUUAUUUUCAAUGAUGUUCUGAUUUUAAUCUAGUCAGUUUUUGUUGGAAAGGGUUAACACUGAAGAGAAAAAAAGAUCCAAUCAGGAUUUUUCUUUGCUGGUCUCUGGGGAGAUACAUCUAGCUAGCUAAGUCAGCCAUUGGCUAGGUUUUCAGAAGCUAGAUAAAGGCAUCUGCCAUUCAACUGUAUUAGGGCAACAUUUUGGAGUGACAGUGGAAUCAACCAAUCACAUUUUGACUUAAUGGGUGGGACCGUUUUUACAAAAGGUAUGGAAACUUCUGCUUUGAAAUCCAACAGGUCACUGCUUAAUUAUCACUAUUAUAGUGAGCAGUAGUUUUUCCCAUGGUCUAGCUAGCUUGCUUUUGUUGUCGGCUAGUUUACAGCGGCUGCAGCAGGCGUUAUCAAAGAGGAUGUUGUUGCUAAUUUGUUAGCUUCUCCCUUUUCAAGAAUAACUUUCAACAAGAAGUUAAGUUUCAAAUUAUCAUCUGGUGAGUGGAACUGUAUUUUUUUUUAUUGCAGCGCGCUUGCUGUUAGCCAUCUCUUUCAAAAUAAGUUAUGUGUGUGAAACAUUGUUACAUUUAAAGUGGAACUGGCAGCAUUUUAGCAACAUGACAUCUUAUUCAAAUAUGUUCAUAUACACCCCCAGGAAUAAUCAGACACUUUUUAAAAACAUUUUCUGACACGCGACCACUUGGAUAUGGUCAUUUUCAUAAAUUCUUAGAAUGUAUGAAUAAGUAUUGGCAUUUGUGAAAAUUCUAUAGCAAUAUAGAGUGGGAAAGCGGCUGUGUGUUUGGACAAUUAAUAGACACUGCAGUAAAUUAAACCGAAUAAAAACAUCUGUCUUGUCCAGGACUGGAGUCCACACAGACCGGUGCGCUAUAGCCAAUCAGAGCUACAGUAGUCCUUUAUACAAACAAACCAUUUGUCACAUGGGCCUGCCAUCAUUCACUUUGAACUGGACUGUGUCUUUACAGGCAGUUGCAACUUUAGAUCAUUAGAACGCAUUCGCCAAAAGCCACAAAAUACACCGGAAUGGAUUUCUGCAAAUAUGUCAAUACCACGGGAGUCCUCUUACAUUUGGGAACUUUACAGUUCUAUUGAUCAAACAACCAUGAAAAGGUAGGCUCUCUCUCCCCCAGUUAUGCACAUCAACAACUAAUGAUAGCCAGAGCAAGUGCCAGGAUAACAACCUCUCCCUCAACGUGAUCAAAACAAAGGAGAUGAUUGUGGACUACAGGAAAAAAAAGAGGACCGCACGCCCCCAUUCUCAUCGACGGGGCUGUAGUGGAACAGGUUGAGAGCUUCACCAACAAACUAUCAUGGUCCAAACACACCAAGACAGUCGUGAAGAGGGCACAACAAAGCCUAUUCCCCCUCAGGAGACUGAAAAGAUUUGGCAUGGGUCCUCAGAUCCUCAAAGUUCAGUGGUAUAUCCCAUCCCUGCAUUGAGGUAUGUUUUCGACCAUUAUCUCCCACCGGUUCCACGUUGUCUUAAUGUAACCAUGAUUGCGUUCCGACCCCAGCACUUACAAAAAAAGAGAAGUUUUGAAACUGCAGUAAAAGUGCAGUAACUGCAGUCGACUGUGGUAUUUUGGACGCAGUAAUUGCAGAAUAACUGCAGUGUACUGCGUUACAGUUAUACUGCACUCUAACUGCAGUUACACUGCAAAAUUACUGCAGUAAAAAAAAAAAUAUUUUGGACACAGUAUUGGCAGCAUACUGCAGUUAUACUGCAGUGUACUGCAGUUAUAAUGCACUCUGACUGCAAUUUUCUUUCGUAAGGGACGGCAGCUCAAGCGUAAAGGUAGGGUCGGUAUCUUCUGGCAAGCUGCGGAGCCUAGAACUUCAGAGCUAUACCAUCUUGCCAUGUUAGGGGUUGUAUAAUUCAUUAACUGAUAUAAAUGUUAUUACACAGUUUUCUCCUACUCUUUAACAGGUCCAACAUGCCAGCAAGCGGAUCACGAAAGAGACACAGUACAAGGGUAUCGUCGAUUGCAUUACCCGCAUUCCCAAGGAAGAGGGCUUCCUUGCCUUCUGGAGAGGUAACCUGGCCAAUGUCAUCAGAGCCUUUCCCUCCCAGGCCCUCAACUUCGCCUUCAAAGACAAGUACAAGAGUUUCUUCCUUGACGGCGUAGACAAGUCCAAGCAGUUCUGGAGGUACUUCGCUGGCAACCUGGCCUCCGGUGGCGCUGCAGGAGCCACCUCCCUUUGCUUAGUUUACCCUCUUGAUUUCACAAGAACUCGUCUGGGAGCUGACGUCGGAAAGGGUGGAAUGAGGGAGUACAAUGGUCUAGCAGACUGCUUGGUGAAGACGUUUAGGUGUGACGGUCUGAGGGGUCUGUACCAGGGUUUCACAGUGUCUGUACAAGGCAUCAUCAUCUACAGAGGUUCCUACUUCGGCAUGUAUGACACAGCUAAAGGUAUAUAACACAAACAUUUUUACAGAAAGCUAUUGGUGUCUGGACAUUUAUAGAUAUGCAUGUGGAUAUGAAUAUGUACUAUUCUGUGUCCUUGCAGGUAUGUUGCCAGAUCCCAAGAACACUUCAAUUUUAGUGAGCUGGGCAAUUGCUCAGUCUGUAACUGCUGUGGCCGGCCUGACCGCCUACCCCUUCGACACCGUCCGUCGUCGUAUGAUGAUGCAGUCUGGCCAUAAAGGCGGUGAGUUUCCCUGUCACCCAAACCAUUUAAGCCCCGUUUGCAUUGGCACUUUGAAGUCAACCCAGGUUGGGCUGGCCUUGGUGGGCUAGCUCAAAUUGCAUUUCCACUGCCUCCAGAAAUUAUAAAUUAUGUAAUGUUGCUAGGUAGCCAAUGUGUGACUGCAGCUGGCUUCACUAAUGUUGCUAGCUAGCAAGAUGUUAGUUUAAUUCAUCCUCACCAUUUUUUAUUUUUUUUAUUUAACCUUUAUUUAACCAGGUAAGCCAGUUGAGAACAAGUUCUCAUUUACAACGGCGACCUGGCCAAGAUAAAGCAAAGCAGUGCGAUAAAAACAACAACACAGAGUUACAUAUGAGGUCAAACAAAACUAAAAAAGAAAAUAUAUAUACAGUGUGUGCAAAUGUAGCAAGUUAAGGAGGUAAGGCAAUAAAUAGGCUAUAGUGCAAAAUAAUUACAAUUAGUAUUAACACUGGAAUGAUAGAUGUGCAAGAGAUUAUGUGCAAAUAGGUGCAAAUGAGCAAAAUAAAAAUUUUCACCUUGUGUUUGUGGGUUUUUGUUCCUAGUCAGUCAUUGUCACUGUGGACUUCACGAAUCGUUAUUUGUUUUGUUGUUUCGGGUUUCGCUUUAAUUAAAUAAAGCAUCAUGUUCGUGCAACACGCUGCGCUUUGGUCUACUCCUUUCCAAGACGAUCGUGACAGAAAAACCCACCAUACCAGGACCAAGCAGCGUGUCCAGGAACAGGCAACCUGGACGUGGGAGCAGCGUCGGAGGGUCGAGAGGCAACCCCAAGAAAUUUUUAGGGGGGGGCACACGGCAGGGGCGACUGGGCAGCAGGAGGCUGCCACAGGGCGAUUAGGUGAGGAGGCCACCAGGUUAAGGGGGCUACUGGCGAAGAGGGAGCAGGAGUUAAUGUGGCAGAGGAUGGAGCUAUUAGAGGCGAUUAGGGAAAGGGUGAGAAAUGAGGCACGGCGAGAGGAACUCGGUAGGCAGCUGAGGGAGCGGAGGGUUAUGAUGAAACCCAGUCCCGCUCCUCACACCAAGCAAGUGGUGUGCGUCACCAGUCCGGUCCGGCCCGUUCCUGCUUCCCGCACUAAGUGUACGGUGCACGUCGCCAGCCCGGCCCGGCUCGUUCCUGCUUCCCGCACUAAGUGUACGGUGCGCAUCGCCAGCCCAGCCCGGCCUGUUCCUGCCUCUCGCAUCAAACCUACGGGGUGCGUCGCCAGCCCAGCCCGGCCUGUUCCUGUUCCACGCACAAAGCCUACGGUGUGCGUCGCAAGCCCUGCCCGGCCUGUUCCUGCUCCUCGCACUAAACCUACGGUGUGCGUCGCCAGCCCAGCCCGGCCUGUCCCUGCUCCACGCACCAAGCCUACGGGGUGCGUCGACAGCCCUGCCCGGCCUGUUCCUGCUCCACGCACCAAGUCUACGGUGUGCGUCGCCAGCCCUGCCCGGCCUGUUCCUGCUCCACGCACCAAGUCUACGGUGUGCGUCGACAGCCCUGCCCGGCCUGUUCCUGCUCCACGCACCAAGUCUACGGUGUGCGUCGACAGCCCUGCCCGGCCUGUUCCUGCUCCACGCACCAAGUCUACGGUGUGCGUCGACAGCCCUGCCCGGCCUGUUCCUGCUCCACGCACCAAGUCUACGGUGUGCGUCGCCAGCCCUGCCCGGCCUGUUCCUGCUCCACGCACCAAGUCUACGGUGUGCGUCGCCAGCCCUGUCCGGCCUGUUCCUGCUCCACGCACCAAGCCUACGGUAUGCGUCGUCAGCCCAGCCCGGCCUGUCCCUGCUCCACGCACCAAGCCUACGGGGUGCGUCGCCAGCCCUGUCCGGCCUGUCCCUGCUCCACGCACCAGGUCUACGGUGUGCGUCGUCAGCCCAGCCCGGCCUGUCCCUGCUCCACGCACCAAGCCUACGGGGUGCGUCGUCAGCCUGGUCCAGCCCGUUCCUGCCACUCGCACCAAGCCAGGGGUGCGAGUCGUCAGCCUGGUCCAGCCCGUUCCUGCCACUCGCACCAAGCCAGGGGUGCGAGUCGUCAGCCUGGUUCAGCCCGUUCCUGCUACUCGCACCAAGCCCGGGGUGCGAGUCGUCAGCCUGGUAAGACCGGUCAGCUGCUCCACAACGGAGCGUAAGCAAUCUGCUCCGUCAUUGUCCAGUCCAGAUCCAGCCAGCGGGGUCAGACCGGACCAGGGGCGCUAUGGGGGGUUGUUUGGAGGGUGGUGGGCAAGGCCGGGGCCAGAACCGCCGCCGAGGAGGUAUGCCCGCCCAGCCCUCCCUUGUUUAGCCCUUAUUGAGGCGCGGUCGCAGUCCGCGCCUUUAGGGGGGGGUACUGUCACGCUCUGGCUCCGGGACUCUGUAUGUUGAGCCAGGGUGUGUUCGUUUCUUUGUGUUCUGUUUCUUGGUUGGGUUGUUCUAGGUUGUUGUGUUUCUUUGUUUGAGUGACUCCCAAUCAGAGGUAACGAGUGUCAGCUGUUGGCUCGUUGUCUCUGAUUGGGAGCCAUAUUUAAACUGUCUGUUUUCACCUUGUGUUUGUGGGAGGGAUGAGGUAGUUGGGUGGGCUAAUUUCAGAUGGGCUGUGUACAGGUGCAGUGAUCGGUAAGGUGCUCUGACAACUGAUGCUUAAAGUUAGUGAGGGAGAUAAGAGUCUCCAGCUUCAGAGAUUUUUGCAAUUCGUUCCAGUCAUUGGCAGCAGAGAACUGGAAGGAAUGGCGGCCAAAGGAGGUGUUGGCUUUGGGGAUGACCAGUGAAAUAUACCUGCUGGAGCGCAUACUACGGGUGGGUGUUGCUAUGGUGACCAAUGAGCUAAGAUAAGGCGGGGAUUUGCCUAGCAGUGAUUUAUAGAUGGCCUGGAGCCAGUGGGUUUGACGACGAACAUGUAAUGAGGACCAGCCAACAAGAGCGUACAGGUCACAGUGGUGGGUAGUGUAUGGGGCUUUGGAGACAAAACGGAUGGCACUGUAAUAGACUACAUCCAAUUUGCUGAGUAGAGUGUUGGAGGCUAUUUUGUAAAUGACAUCGCCGAAGUCAAGGAUCGGUAGGAUAGUCAGUUUUACGAGGGCAUGUUUGGCAGCAUGAGUGAAGGAGGCUUUGUUGCGAAAUAGGAAGCUGAUUCUGGAUUUAACUUUGGAUUGGAGAUUCUUAAUGUGAGUCUGGAAGGAGAGUUUACAAUCUAACCAGACACCUAGGUAUUUGUAGUUGUCCACAUACUCUAGGUCAGACCCGUCGAGAGUAGUGAUUCUGGGCGGGUGCCAGCAGCGUUCGAUUGAAGAGCAUGCAUUUAGUUUUACUAGUGUUUAAGAGCAGUUGGAGGCUACUGAAGGAGUGUUGUAUGGCAUUGAAGCUUGUUUGGAGGUUUGUUAACACAGUGUCCAAUGAAGGGCCAGAUGUAUACAAAAUGGUGUCGUCUGCGUAGAGGUGGAUCUGAGAGUCACCAGAAGCAAGAGCGACAUCAUUGAUAUACACAGAGAAAAGAGUCGGCCCAAGAAUUGAACCCUGUGGCACCCCCAUAGAGACUGCCAUAGGUCCAGACAAUAGGCCCUCUGAUUUGACACAUUGAACUCUAUCUGAGAAGUAGUUGGUGAACCAGGCGAGGCAGUCAUUUGAGAAACCAAGGCUAUUUAGUCUGCCAAUAAGAAUGCGGUGGUUGACAGAGUCGAAAGCCUUGGCCAGGUCGAUGAAGACGGCUGCACAGUACUGUCUAUUAUCGAUCGCGGUUAUAAUAUCGUUUAGGACCUUGAGCGUGGCUGAAGUGCACCCAUGACCAGCUCGGAAACCGGAUUGCAUUGCGGAGAAGGUACGGUGGGAUUCGAAAUGGUUGGUGAUCUGUUUGUUAACUUGGCUUUCAAAAACUUUCGAAAGGCAGGGCAGGAUAGAUAUAGGUCUGUAACAGUUUGGAUCUAGAGUGUCACCCCCUUUGAAGAGGGGGAUGACCGCGGCAGCUUUCCAAUCUCUGGGGAUCUCAGACGUUAUGAAAGAGAGGUUGAACAGGCUAGUAAUAGGGGUUGCGACAAUUUCGUCGGCUAGUUUUAGAAAGAAAGGGUCCAGAUUGUCUAGCCCAGCUGAUUUGUAGGGGUCCAGAUUGUGCAGCUCUUUCAGAACAUCAGCUGUCUGAAUUUGUGUGAAGGAGAAGCGGGGGGGGCAUGGGCAAGUUGCAGCGGAGGGUGCAGAGCUCGUGGCCGGGGUAGUGGUAGCCAGGUGGAAUGCAUGGCCAGCCGUAGCAAAAUGCUUGUUGAAAUUCUCGAUUAUUGUAGAUUUAUCGGUGGUGAUAGUGUUUCCUAGCCUCAGUGCAGUGGGCAGCUGGGAGGUAGUGCUCUUAUUCUCCAUGGACUUUACAGUGUCCCAAAACUUUUUGGAGUCUGUUUGAAAAAGUUAGCCUUUGCUUUCCUAACUGCUUGUGUAUAUUGGUUCCUAACUUCCCUGAAAAGUUGCAUAUCGCGGGGGCUAUUUGAUGCUAAUGCAGUAUGCCACAGGAUGUUUUUGUGCUGGUAAAGGGCAGUCAAGUCUGAGGAGAACCAGGGGCUAUAUCUGUUCUUAGUUCUGUAUUUUUUGAUUGGGGCAUGUUUAUUUAAGAUUGAGAGGAAAUUACUUUUAAAGAACAACCAGGCAUCCUCUACUGACGGAAUGAGAUCUAUAUCCAUCCAGGAUACCUGGGCCAGGUCAAGUAGGAAGGCCUGCUCGCUAAAGUGUUUUAGGGAGCAUUUGACAGUGAUGAGGGGUGGUCGUUUGACCGCGGACCCGUUAAGGACGCAGGCAAUAAGGCAGUGAUCGCUGAGAUCCUGGUUGAAGACAGCGGAGGUGUAUUUAGAGGGUAAGUUAGUCAGGAUGAUAUCUAUGAGGGUACCCAUGUUUAUGGAUUUAGGGUUGUACCUGGUAGGUUCGUUGAUAAUUUGUGUGAGAUUGAGGGCAUCUAGUUUGGAUUGUAGGAUGGCCGGGGUGUUAAGCAUAUCCCAAUUUAGGUCACCAAGCGGUACGAACUCUGAGGAUAAAUGGGGGGCAAUCAAUUCACAUAUGGUGUCCAGGGCACAGCUGGGGGCUGAGGGGGGGUCUGUAGCAAGCGGCAACAGUGAGACUUAUUUCUGGAAAGGUGGAUUUUUAGAAGUAGAAGCUCAAACUGUUUGGGCACAGACCUGGAUAGUAUGAUAGAGCUCUGCAGGCUAUCUCUACAGUAGAUUGCAACUCCACCCCCUUUGGCAGUUCUAUCUAGACUGAAAAUGUUAUAGUUGGGGAUGGAAAUUUCAGAAUUUUUGGUGGCCUUCCUAAGCCAGGAUUCAGACACUGCUAGAACAUCAGGGUUGGCGGAGUGUGCUAACGCAGUGAUUAACUCAAAUUUAGGAAGGAGACUUCUGAUAUUAACAUGCAAGAAACCAAGGCUUUUACGGUUACAGAAGUCAACAAAUGAUAGCGCCUGGGGAGUAGGAGUGAUACUGGGGGCUGCAGGGCCUGGGUUAGCCUCUACAUCACCAGAGGAACAGAGGAGGACUAGAAUAAGGAUACGGCUAAAGGCUUUAAGAACUGGUCUUCUAGUGCGUUGGAUACAGAGAAUAAAGGGGGCAGAUUUCCGGGCGUUGUAGAAAAGAUUCAGGGCAUUAUGUACAGACAAGGAUAUGGAAGGAUAUGAGUACAGUGGAGGUAAACCUAAGCGUUGGGUAACAAUGAAAGAGAUAGCAUCACUGGAGGCACCGAUUUGAGUCGGUCUCCGCGUGUAUGGGGGGUGGGACAAAGGAGCUAUCUAAGGCAGGUUUAGCUGGGCUGGGGGAUCUACAGUGAAAUAGUACAAUAAGAAAUAACCCGAAACAGCAAUAAGCAAACCAUAUUGACAUGGGAGAGAGGCAUAAAGCAAUCACAGGUGUAAUUUGAGAGAGCUAAGACAACAGCUGGUAAUGGCGACACAGUUUGGGCUGAGGCUAAACAUAAACAGGAUGCGGUACCGUAAAAAGGAACAGUCCAGCAGGCAUCAGCUGUAUAGCUGAGUUAUCAUAAGGUCCGGUGAACAGCAAUAGGAUAGUUCGAAGGUAGUUCGGGGGCUGCUAAAGCACUAGCGAGCAAGAGGCCUCGGCUAGCGUGUGCUAGCGGGCCGGGGCUAGCAGAUGGAAUCUUCGUGGUCGACGUCGUAACGGGAAGCCUGUUGUAACCACAUCAGACGAUUUCGUCGGCAGACCAGUCGUGUUGGAUCGGCGGGGCUCCGUGUCAACACUAGGUGGUCCCGUCCGGUUGACAGAGAGGUAGAUAGCCGGGAGAUGGGCCUGGCUCAUCUCAUGGGCCUGGCUCAAAGCUAGCUCAGGCUGAUUAGCCAAACCACAACGGCAAUUUUGUUGCAGCUAGCUGGUAGCGAUGAAUCCGGUGUUAAAGGUCCAGCGAUCCAGUGAUUCCGGCAGAAAAACCGAUAUGUUCUGGGUCGAUAACGCGCUGUGCAGACAGUACAGACUGGCCGAAUAAUAGUCCAGGCUAGAGCUGGCUGGUAGGUGGUGCAGGCCACGGACAAUGGUGAAAAACCGCUAACGGUAGCUGUAACUAACGUUACCCCAUACUCCUGCCAGUGCCAGCCAGACUCAGAGCCAUGUAAUUAGCUUGCUGACAUUAGCUAGCUUAAUUCCUACCUUGCUUGCCAUGGUAUGGGCUAUUAGCUAGCUAUCUAAUCAAGCAAACCAGACGACCUGGCCAGCUAAAAUUCCUGCUAGCUCACGUUAGCUAGCUAGGUAGCUUGUUUCAACUGAUUGACUGUUCUCAUAAAAGUUUAUUGUGUAGUGCAAAAAUGUAUGAAGGAUCCAGCUAUGGUGGUAAUUCGUGUAAUGUCUGUACUGCAGUACUGCUUGUCCAUGUGCUAGCUAACAGCAACAAGGCCAAACGAGCUAGUUAACGUUGUAAGCAUCCAGCAGUGAUCAGCUUGGUGGUUGUAUAGUAACGGCGUCACCAGCCCAAAUUCUAAUCGAGCUGGCACCAGUUGCCCGGGUUUCCCUCGACCCUGCUCGAAUUUGAGAAUUCCAUUUGAACCAUCUUGAAUUUGGCCCUAAUUUUAAGUGCCAGUGGAAACGGGGCUUUAGUGUUAACACGUUUAAAUGGAUAGGGAAGAAUUCCACAUCUGGAAGACUAGAAGCAACAUGCUAUUCCAAAUACUACUUAAUUGGCAUAACAUUCUAACUUGUGUCACCUUACAUUUUUUCAGCUGAUAUCAUGUAUAAUGGGACCAUUGACUGCUGGAAGAGGAUUGCUCAUGAUGAGGGUGGCAAGGCCUUCUUCAAGGGAUCCUGGGCCAACAUUCUCAGAGGCACGGGUAGUGCCUUUGUGCUGGUCUUUUAUGAUGAGCUCAAUAAAGUCCUCUAA